GCUUGAAAUUUACGUCAUCGAUCACGUUCACUCAGCUGUUCCCGUCAGAUCGCAAAAAGAGGAAAUAUAAUUCAUUUAGAAAAUAUUUAACUUCAAGUGAAUGUUUUUGAGAUGACCAUGCAGCUUUGCUAUUGAGUUGCUCCAAAAAUUGCAGGAUGAGGCCCCUUAAAGAUGCUCAGCUGGGGGCCUUCACCUUCUUUGCCUCCGCUCUCCCCCAUGAUGUCUGUGGAAGCAAUGGUCUGCCUCUCACUCCCAACUCUAUCAAAAUCCUGGGACGUUUCCAGAUCCUCAAGACCCUGACUCAUCCCAGACUCUGCCAGUAUGUGGACAUCUCCAGAGGAAAACAUGAACGACUGAUUGUUGUCGCAGAGCACUAUGAAAGCAGUUUAAGUGAUUUCCAAAAGCGGGGCAUCACAGCCAGUCCCGAGAAGGUGCUGCAGAUGGCUUAUGAGGUCCUUGAAGGUUUGGAGUUCAUGAACAAACAUGGUAUGGUGCACAGAGCCCUCAGUGGACACAAUGUUCUCCUGGACUGCAAGGGAAAUGUCAAGCUUGCAAAGUUUGGCCUGUAUCACAUGACCGAUCAUGGAGCCGAUGUGGAUUUCCCCAUUGGGUACCCAUCAUACCUUGCUCCAGAGGUGAUCGCUCAAGGUUCGUUUCACCCAAGUGACCCUUCCCGUGACGUAGCUCCUCUGCCCUCAGGCCCUAAGACUGAUGUCUGGUCACUUGGAGUUUUGCUUUUUGAACUGUGUGCCGGUAGACGACUGCUGCAAAAUAUUGAUAUAAGUGAAAGACUGAAGUUCAUUCUGACCUUGGGUUGCAUGGAUGACAUUGUCACUGUCCUGGCAGAAGAACACGGUUGUCUAGACACCAUUAAGGAACUGCCUGAAAAUGUUCUGGAGUUAUUAAGGAAAUGCUUGACCUUUCUUCCAUCAAAAAGACCUACCCCUACAGAUCUGUUGCGGGACCAUGUGUUCAAUGGGGUCUCCUGCCUCUAUACACCCUUUCAGAAGCCUGUUAGUCUGUUCUCAUCUUCGUUGCGUUGUGCACAUCUGGAGCUCCCAGAGGACAUCAGUGAACUUUGCAAAGAUGAUGAUGAAGACUACCUGUCAGAACGAGCCAUAGAUGAAGUGUACCAUCUAUGGUGUCUGGCCGGCGGAGACCUGGAGAAGGAGCUGACCAACAAGGAGAUCAUUCAGUCCAAGCCUCCAAUCUGCACACUGCCCAAUUUUGUCUUGGAGGAUGGAGAGUCAUUCGGCCAGGGAAGGGAUCGGAGCUUCUUGCUAGAUGACACUACAGUUACACUGUCGCUUUGCCAACUCAGAAAUAGACUGAAGGACGUUGCAGGAGAAGCCUAUUACCCUCUACUAGAGGACGAGCAGUCAAGUCUGCCUCAGUCCAACAGCAGCAAUGAGCUGUCGGCCACCGUCACACUGCCACUCAUCAUCCGUGAGAGAGACACGGAGUACCAACUCAUCCGCAUCAUCCUCUUUGACAGGCUGCUCAAGGCCUAUCCGUACAAGAAGAACCUCGUGUGGAAAGAGGCCAGAGUGGACAUUCCCCCACUUGUUCGAGGUCUAGCAUGGGCUGCACUGCUAGGCAUUGAGGGUGACAUUCAAGCCAAAUAUGAGAGUAUAGACAAAGAUACUCCCAUCCCAACUGACAGACAGAUUGAAGUGGACAUCCCUCGCUGUCACCAGUACGACGAACUACUGUCAUCUCCUCAGGGCCAUGUCAAGUUUCGGCGUGUAUUGAAAGCCUGGGUGGUCUCUCACCCUGACCUGGUCUACUGGCAGGGCCUGGAUUCUCUCUGCGCCCCAUUCCUCUACUUAAACUUUAAUAAUGAAGCCCUGGCAUAUGCCUGUAUGUCCGCCUUCAUCCCUAAGUACCUCUACAACUUCUUCCUAAAGGACAACUCUCACGUCAUCCAAGAGUACUUGACUGUCUUCUCCCAGAUGAUUGCCUUCCAUGAUCCAGAGCUGAGCAACCACCUAAAUGAGAUCGGCUUUAUCCCAGAUCUUUAUGCCAUUCCUUGGUUCCUGACUAUGUUUACACACGUGUUUCCACUGCACAAGAUCUUUCACCUGUGGGACACACUCCUGCUGGGUAACUCCUCAUUCCCAUUCUGUAUUGGCGUGGCCAUAUUGCAGCAGCUGAGAGACCGCCUCUUGGCUAACGGCUUCAACGAGUGCAUCCUUCUAUUCUCUGACCUGCCAGAAAUUGACAUUGAGCGGUGCGUCCGUGAAUCCAUCAACCUCUUCUGCUGGACGCCAAAGAGCGCUACAUACAGACAACAUGCUCAGCCACCGAAAACUGCUGGUGACAACGGCUUCGGGAAAACAGCAACAUACUACUCAUCUGACUACCAGGACAUGUCCAAGACAGAUCUGUCUCGGGAGCCUUUGGCACUGUGUGACCUGAAAGCAGAAGUUUCCCCUCGGAUCUCUGCCGAGGACUUAAUCGAUCUCUGUGAAUUGUCAUUGGCUGGACCUACCAAAAGGACCAGGGCAGGAAAGCCUAAAAUUGUUGCAGUCGACAUCCGCAGUGCAGAAGAUUUUAGCAGAGGCCAUAUUUCUGGCAGUGUCAACAUUCCCUUUGGCACAGUGUUCAGCCCUGAUGGUGAGCUGGUGCAGUGUCCUGCGACAGGAAUUCUCCAGAACUCCAGAGGGCGUGUCAUUGUAGUGAUCUGCCACGCCAUGAAGAGUGCAGCCAUGUUUGCAGCACACCUUGUCAAGGUGAAUUUCUCACGGGUUUGCAUUUUAGAUGGAGGGAUUAACAAACUGAAGUCCACUGGGCUCCUGACUGUCCCCUCCCCUCAGAUAUGACCCCCUACCCCAGCUUCAGCUCAACACAAGGAAUGGCUGGAAGGACUGCACAGCAUUUUGAGCUGGAUAAGUAUCAUUGUAUUAAGACUUAAGGUUAGCAUACAUUUCAGUGAAACUUGGAUGAAAAUGUGCAUUAAAUGACACCUUUGAUCAGACCGCGUAGUUCAGUCUUUAUUUUGAGUGAAUCUUUAUUUGCUCUGAAACACCUGCAGUUGUUGUAGCCUUGAGGUGCACAAUUGAACUCCAGUGAUGUUAGUGAACUGUCUGUCUGUCUGUCAGAGCAACAUAAUCAAUGGAACUGUAUUAUGCAAAGCAAUUAUAUUGUUACAAUAACAAGUACGCAGAGGUUUGUGAUUCUGAUUUACCUUUCGUUGCAUUCCACUUUUUUUUGUACAUGUCACUAUAGUGUUGUAUGUAUUUGUCAUAUGGAUGCUAUCAUUUUACAGUUGUUUCUAAUAAAGAUGUCUUUUGAAUCUGAAUGAAA